CCAGCGCCACUAAGCGGCGUUUCGCAUCGCGGUGGCUCGGUAGCGGCGGCGGGCGGGGAAGAGUUGGGCAACGACUGACCCUAAUAUUCAGCAAAAAAAAAAAGAAACAUUGGAUGAAUCUCAGGGUUAGGGGUUGCCCGAGCUAGCCUCCUGUAGACCGCCGCGGCCGCUCGUUCCGUGUCAGUCCGUGGACAGCUCGUCUAAUGUCGGAUUUCAAGCUCGGGAUUGUUCGCCUGGGCCGUGUGGCCGGGAAGACAAAAUACACCCUCAUUGAUGAGCAGGAUAUACCACUGGUGGAGAAUUAUGCCUUUGAGGCACGCAUGGAGGUUGACGCUAAUGGUAACGGAGCAAAGAUCUUUGCAUAUGCCUUUGAUAUAAGCAAAGGGCGGUGGGCAGGUCGACCUCUGCAUGAGUUGCUCUGGGAGAAACACAGAGGCGGCAUCGCUCCCAGUUUCCAAGUUGUCCACAUAAACUCUGUCACGGUGGACAACCGUCUAGACAACUUGCGCCUGGUUCCUGUUGGCUGGACUCCCAAACCAGAGGAGCUGUCUAGCAAACAAAGGGAGCAAUCACUGUACUGGCUGGCCAUCCAGCAGGUUCCAGCCGAUCCGGUGGAGGAACAGUACCUCGAACUGGGCCGUACUCGUUACUACAACGCCAAUGGAGAGCUAGUGGAGGAGGAGGAAUGUUCCUGCACUUACUAUGAGUGUCACUAUCCCCCUUGCUCACUCAUUGAAAGGAGGCUGCGGGAGUUCAACAUCUGUGGUCGCUGUCAGGUCGCACGCUACUGUGGCUCGCAGUGUCAGCAGAGGGAUUGGCCGGCCCAUAAGAAGCAGUGCCGCGAACGCAAGCGGGUCCUGGCCCUGGAGUCCGAGCCCGAGCGGUGAUCCCCUGAACCCCCGUCACUCAAAAGUGGGGUCGGAGGGGGGACUGUGGGACGGGACUUGCAAAAACAACAAUGUUAAAAAACAAAACAAAAAACAAAUCUACUGACUGACUAACCGAAUGGGUGAUGUUGGUAGGUAAGGCAGGCCUGUUGAGUGCGGUGCUGAGGGGGAGGGGGGCAUAAAUUUUUUUAUUUUUUUUCCCCUUCCCAAACAUUUGGCAUUUCCUUGGCUUGUUAGGGGGGGGAUUUUUCUUUUUAGAGGGAGAUCAAUAAAAGGUUGCUGCUAUGGAUGUGUGUUUUGUGAAGAAAAACACCACGCCAUCAUGACUUCCUCUUCAUGGACUGUCGAAGCUCACUCCUUCCUUCCAUUCUCACGCCCGUCGUGAAGUGUUAGCCACUGGUCUCGAGGAACACGCCUGCUGUAGAAAGAGACGGAAUAACGGACCUCUUCACUGUACUUUUCCUCUCCCAGUUGGACUUCCUGUGUGCGCAUGAAUGCGCGCACGCCCGCUUACCUGCCGUAUUUUCCCCCUGGUGUGCAGCAAAGGACUGUGCAAGUUCACACUACCAGUAUUGUGUGUGUCUAAAUGCGCGUGUGCCAUGCCAUUAUCGACUGAAGUAAUAGAUUUUUUUUUUCUCUAUCCCGGGGCUGGGUGAAUGAGCUGGGUAGGGAAGAGUCUUUAUUGAAUCUGGUGACUUCACUUUCUGUUCCUGUGACAAGAUUCUGCAAUUGCUCUCAGUGCUGCAUUGAAAAUCCCAGUCGCCUUCCAUUAAAUAAUAUUUGCGCUCCGUCACUAGCACUUGGAGUCAAGGAAUAUCCUAGGCUAAAAAAAAAAAAGCCUCCCACGUGCACAAAGUCGUCUAACGUAUUCAACAUCCAAGGUCAUCUUUCUGCAAGUUGAUGCUUGGGUUAUUCGUUUGUCAAUCCUUUUUGUCCUGUGUAACAUCUGUAACUUUUCUCUCAUUUUUGUGUUUUGUAUAAACCUGAACCUUUUUUUUUAAAAAAACUAAACAAAACAAAAAAAUGCAAAGGCAUACAUGCACACAUGAUUAAAGUGUGUCUUCCUCUUCAGUGUAAGGCACCUUUACCGAACUCUAACGUGAUGCGCACGGACAUGCACACACAUCUUGCAUGUAUUGCAGGUAUACAUGCUAUUUGUCGACAGUUGUGUACCAAUGUGUUUAUUUAUCCAGAUAGGGUUGAACACUGUGCACUGAAUAUCCUCACUUUCAUCUUUUGUCAUGUGGGUGGGGAGAUUACAGAAUGAUUGAGUUUGGGACAGGUUUUUUUUCUUUUUUUUCUUUUUUAAUUUUAUUGAAUAUAAGAAUUACAAUACGCUUUAAAAUAUGUAAAAUAAAUUAAUCUACAUGAGGGGGUGUAAUGUUCGCGAUAUCCGACUAUUGUGACUGUAAAAUAAAUAAAGUACGAUGUGCGAAAAGUA